AUGAGAAAUCCUCCUCCAGAGGUCAUACGAUCAUGGCCAAAACCCAACUAUAUCAACCCAGAGUAUGCAGGACCCGAGCUGGCCAUUAUUGGAGUGACAUUCGCGACAUUGUCGGUUAUUAUUGUUUCUCUACGGAUGUUUGUUCGCCUUCAUAUGCGAAAAGCUGCGUCCUGGGAUGAUUGGCUUAUGGUAGCUGCUAUGCCAUGCCUAGUAGGCAUCGCAGCAGCAUCGAUUAUCAGCACCAAGUAUGGAUGGGGUUUCCAUAUCUGGGAUUUCAAACUCAAAUAUUUUAAACAAUCGAGAAUAACCAGUUACAUAUGCCAAUUUUUGUUCGUACCACUUAUGAGCUUCGUCAAACUGUCGAUUUUGGCCUCAUAUCUACGAUUCUUCACAGAGAAGCUAUACAUUAAACUAGCUUGGGUGCAAAUUGGCUUGGUCUUGGCUUGGUUUGUCUGCUUCACGGUUAUGAUGCUUGUUGCUUGUGUUGCUUGCGUUGCAGGAUGUGUUAAGUCAUAUUACAUGUAUCAGACUCUCGUGGGAACAUAUGAUGUAACUUGGGAAGGAUACAAAGUCUGGGUAUGGACCGACAUUGAAGUGAACCUCGCGGUGAUUUGCGCCUCCAUCCCUGUUCUGCGGCCGUUUGCGCAGAAGUAUCUCCCCAAACUCGGCUUCAAGACUGCGAGCGCCAGAUCGCAGUACGGUCAACGAUGGGACAGCAAUCGCUCUGGCGGGCUGCACUCGGCGGGGAUCUACAAGCAGCAAACUAUCCACCAGACAGUCAGGUCCCGGCACACCACUGACGAUGAGGACGAUGACGGCGGGUCCACCAUUGCUCUAAGCCCCACGGAGUAUCCUAUACCAAAGACACACCCGUCUUCUCCCCGGCCCUAUGACGCCCGUCGCUAUGCUCAAGGUUCUCGAAACGGCUUUUACAAUGAGCCCAAUAAUGAUUCUAACAAGGAUGCCCGAUACGCCAACUACGCUUGA